AUGGUGGGUCAAGAAGGUAAUUUUUGCCUCGCUGUCACAUUUGAAAUGUUUAACCACAUGUCUAGGAUACCUUCAAGAGUUUUAGGUUUUACUGUUUUUCGUGAUAUAUUUAAAAAGUCUGUAUCAGCUUUUAUUGCUACAACAAAGGAAGAAAAACUUGUAAACGUGCUAGGAGACCUACUGGGCUCAAAUUCAUCCUACUUUAAUAAUCUUCAUAUCGACUAUGAACGCCUUCUUACAACAGUACAGAAUAGACGUAAGCUAGGUGCAUCUCCCGUUAUUGUUGGCCCACGACCACUUCCCAAUGAUUCACUAUGGAAUAGUAUUCGGAAGAAGAAAGUUUGUAAUGAAAUUUCGGUUGCCAUGAUGAAUACCAUUAGAUAUUAUGAUCUGGGUAUAAUAGUGCUUAUUAGUGGUGAUGGUGACUUUGAUCCUACAAUAAAACAAAUCUUGAAGGAUAGAUGGACGAUCGAGACAUGGUUCUGGACAUCUGGUAUAUCUAAAGACUUUAUAUCAAUCACACAUUACAGACCUUUGGAUAAUUUAUAUAAAUCUUUCACAUAUUGUUACGGAUCUGACAUUACUAGGAAAAAGUAUGGACUUAAGAUUACUGAUAGUAACUCCAUUCGGAGUUGGAGGACUGAAGAGAUAAUGGGCUUUUAUGAAGCUUUAGACUUAUUCUGUUGGUACAACCGAUUAGAUAGAAAGACUUUAUGCUUGUAUUUUAAUGAUUUGGAGCAAUUGGAAAAAGCAAAGCAUUGUAUGAAAACUAAUCAUCCCAAUUUACGGGUUUUGGAGGAAGAUGAGAGUUUAAUUAAUCCAAUUCAUAAUUCAAUGCAACAUCUUUAA